AUGACUAAGGCACCAGUCUUGGCAUACUAUGACCCGAAAAAGCCUGUCACAUUGCAAGUCGACUCGAGUGCACGUGGUUUAGGUUGCACGUGCUUACAGGACGGCAAGCCCAUUGCAUUUGCAUCAAAGAACUUGACCCCUACAGAGAGAGGCUAUGCUCAAAUAGAAAAAGAGACAUUAGCUAUACUUCAUGGUCUUCGACGUUUCAAGCAAUACUGUUACGCAAGACAUAAUAAAGUUGAAUCUGAUAGCAAACCUGUUGUUUCCGUUAUGAAAAAAGAAAUAUGUCGGGCGACCCCCAGACUACAUGUACAACGUCUCUUAUUACAGAUUCAACAGUUCGACAUAGAAGUCGUACAUUUUAGCGGGAAAAGCAUUCCCGUAGCGGAUACAUUAUCCCGUCAUUUUGUCAAGGACACGUAUCCAGAAUUGUCUGACGGACUUGACGUGCACGUGCACACGGUUAUUAAUAGUUUACCGGUUAGCGACGGAAAAUUACAAGACCUCAGACUUUCCACACAGCAAGACAGUCAGUUUCAGACACUGAAACAAACAAUUAUUGACGGCUGGCCUGAAUCUAGGCAUGAGUGCCCGAAUUCCAUUUUAGAAUUUUGGAAUCAUCGGGAUGAACUCUCGACUGUAAAUGACAUAAUUUUCCGCAGUCAAACAUUGGUCAUUCCAAGUUCAUUGCGAACUGAAAUGAUUAACGCUGUUUAUGUAGGUCAUAUGGUAGUGAAUAAAACGCUGAACAGGGCCAAGGAUAUAAUGUUCUGGCCAGACAUGGUUAAACAGGUCACAAACCACGUGUUAGCAUGCCCUUUAUGCCUAACACACAGAGCAUCAAAUGUGAAGGAAUCAAUAAAUCCCCACAUUGUGCCCAAAAGACCCUGGCAACAUAUUGCCGCUGACUUAUUUACGCUUGACGGACGUGAUUACCUUAUAACUGCAGACGUCUACAGUAAUUACUUUGAAGUCGAUGCAUUGCCAGAAACAAAAAGUAAAACUGUUAUUAGAAAAUUAACAAUGCAUAUGGCUCGCUAUGGUCAAGUAGAAACAUUGAAAAGCAAUAACGGGCCACUGUUAAGCUCAGAAGAAUUUCAAAAAUUUGCUUCUGACUGGAAUUUUAAAUAUGUAACAUCCUCACCUGGAUAUAGCCGAUCCAAUGGUUUCAUAGAAAAAAUGGUCUCAAUAGCCAAAAAGUCAAUGAAAAAAUGCCACGAGACCAAAACAGACCCAUAUUUAGCAUUUCUGGAAUAUCGUAACACACCUUUAAACUGCGGCUAUUCCCCCGCACAACUGUUAAUGGGCAGACGGUUAAAAUCCAUUUUGCCUACAACUAAUGAGCAAUUGAAACCAUCUUUCAUUAACUACAAAUCUGUCAAAAAAUCUCUGCAAGAAAACAAGGUUACGCAAAAAGAACUAUUACGAUAA